AUGACUCUUUCAGAAGAAGAGGUUGUUAUUUAUGGGCAAAUAUUUCAUGUUAGUGAGCCCUCAGAAGCACUGGCCAUUGAUGACAUUUCAUUCAGUGAAGGCUGUAUAUCUACCUUGGCUGACACGUGUGAUUUUGAAUCUGGUCAAUGUGGAUGGUGGAUUGCUGAGACAGUGGAACAAGCUAAUUGGUCUUGGGUUAAAGCUGGGGGUAUCUCUGUGAAUGAGAGUGCACCCAUUCAGGAUCACAGCCUCCGCUCCUCAGAAGGACAUUACAUGUGGGUUGCAGCUAACAACGAUACAUUCUCCCAGAGUGUCUUCCUUAACAGUUCCAAAUACCACUCUUCGGGGCCUAGCUGUGCCUUUCGAUUUUACUACAAUAUUCAGGGAAAUAACACACUGAAGCUGUGGUUGCAUACAGAAAAGAUGGCGGGGGAUGGCACACAACUAGCUGAGUACUGCAAUGGCUGUGUGGAUUUGAAAUUGAAAAAUAUUUCCUUGGCAUGGUUUCACACUUGUGAUGUACUAUAG